GGUUAACGUUGUUCUGUGAAACACACAGAAAGAAAGCAGAAGACACAGCAUGACGUGAAAAAAGUGUGUUUUUGGCAGGACUUUCCAAACCGGGAUCAAACUCUAAACAUUUUCAAAGCAGCUGAGCCUGGUGGUGUACAGGUAGUUAGCAUUCAGCCAUGGAUACCACCACUUCCCUGAAGAUGACCUCUCUGGCCAUCCAGAGUCUGUUCAGCUACGUGGAGGAGGAGAACCUGGCUGCCAUCAAAGCGCAUUUGGACAAGUUCAAAGAUGUGGACAGCAGGAGCGACAAUGGACAGACUCCCCUGAUGGUGGCGGCAGAACAGGGCAAUCUGGAGAUAGUCCAAGAGCUCAUCAGGAGAGGAGCCAACGUUAACUUUGACGAUGUUGACUGCUGGACGGCGUUGAUCUCAGCAGCUAAGGAGGGCCACAUCGAGGUGGUGAGGGAACUGCUGGAAAACAAUGCCAACCUGGAACACCGAGACAUGGGAGGCUGGACUGCUCUCAUGUGGGCCGCCUACAAAGGUCGUACAGAUGUGGCGCAGAUGCUCAUGGAAAAAGGAGCUAACCCUAAUAUCACUGGCCAGUACAGCGUCUACCCCAUUAUCUGGGCGGCAGGACGAGGCCACGCUGAGAUUGUCCAUCUCCUGCUGCAGCACGGCGCCAAGGUCAACUGCUCAGAUAAGUAUGGAACCACCCCUCUGAUCUGGGCAUCCAGAAAAGGUCACUAUGAAAGUGUGAUUCACCUUCUAGCCAAUGGAGCUGAUGUGGACCAGGAAGGAGCAAACUCAAUGACAGCUCUGAUCGUGGCGGUGAAAGGUGGCUACACAAAAGUUGUCAAGGAGCUGCUGAAGAGGAACCCGAACGUCAACAUGACAGACAAGGAUGGCAACACAGCCCUGGCCAUCGCUGCCAAGGAGGGACACACAGAGAUUGUACAGGACCUCCUGGAUGCUGGCACUUAUGUCAAUGUUCCAGACAGGACUGGGGAGACAAUGCUGAUUGGAGCAGUGAGAGGAGGUCAUGUGGAGAUAGUCCGAGCUCUGCUAAACAAAUAUGCUGAUAUUGACGUCAGGGGCCAGGAUGGAAAGACUGCCCUCUACUGGGCUGUGGAGAAAGGUAAUGCUACCAUGGUGAGGGACAUCCUGCAGUGUAACCCUGAUACUGAGAGCUGCACCAAGGAGGGCGAGACCCCACUUAUCAAAGCCACAAAAAUGAGGAACAUAGAGAUAGUGGAGCUGCUGCUGGAUAAAGGGGCCAGAGUGUCUGCUGUGGACAAGAAAGGUGACACUCCGCUACACAUUGCCAUCAGAGGGAGGAGCCGAAAGCUAGCCGAGCUGCUGUUGAGGAACCCUAAAGAUGGCCGCCUGCUGUACCGCCCUAACAAGGCUGGAGAGACACCGUACAACAUAGACUGUACCCACCAGAAAAGCAUCCUCACACAGAUAUUUGGAGCCAAGCAUCUUUCCCCCUCUGAGUCAGAUGGGGACAUGUUGGGUUAUGACCUGUAUAGCAGUGCUCUCGCAGACAUCCUGAGCGAGCCCACCAUGCAGCCACCCAUCUGUGUUGGUCUGUACGCUCAGUGGGGCAGCGGCAAAUCUUUCCUUCUUAAGAAGCUGGAGGAUGAGAUGAAAACAUUUGCGGGCCAGCAGAUAGAGCCAUUGUUCCAGUUCUCCUGGCUGGUGGUCUUCCUCACUCUGCUGCUGUGCGGCUCAGUGGCUGUGGUCCUGGGCUUUACUGUUGAUCCCAAGCUGGCUAUCGCCGUUUCCCUCAGCCUCCUCGCCUUGCUCUACAUCUUCUUUGUGUUGGUGUACUUUGGAAGCCGGCGUGAGAGGGAGAGCUGGAACUGGGCAUGGGUCAUCAGCACCCGUCUGGCCCGUCAAGUUGGCUACCUGGAGCUCCUGCUCAAACUGAUGUUUGUCAACCCCCCUGAACUUCCCGAGCAAACCACCCGUGCACUGCCCGUUAGGUUCUUGUUCACGGAUUAUAAUCGUCUAUCCAGCGUUGGAGGGGAGACGUCUAUGGCAGAGAUGAUUGCCACGCUCUCAGAUGCCUGUGAGAGGGAGUUUGGCUUCAUGGCCACCAGGCUGUUCAGGGUUUUCAAGAAUGAUGAGAUUCAAGGUAAGAAGUGGAAGAAAACAUGUUGUGUUCCCUCUUUCGUCCUGUUUGCCUUGACGCUGGGCUGCCUGAUCACUGGUAUGGCCCUGCUGGCUAUCUUUAAGGUGGACCCUGGGAACCUGACAGUGAAUGCAGUGCUAAUAGCCAUGGCCAGUGUGGUGGGCCUGGCCUUACUGCUCAACGUUAGAACUUGGUGGCAGGUUGCGGACUCUGUUCUCAACUCCCAGAGGAAACGCCUCCAUAGUGCUGCCAACAACUUGCACAAACUCAAGAGUGAAGGAUUUAUGAAGGUUCUGAAACAUGAGGUGGAGCUAAUGUCAAAGAUGGCGAAGACCAUCGAUGGCUUCACCCAGAACCAGACGCGAAUGACCGUCAUCAUCGACGGGCUGGACGCCUGUGAACAGGACAAAGUUCUACAGAUGCUGGACACGGUGAGAGUACUCUUCUCCAAAGGCCCAUUUAUCUCCAUCUUUGCGAGUGAUCCGCAUAUUAUCAUUAAAGCUAUCAACCAGAACCUUAACAGUGUGCUAAGAGACUCCAACAUCAACGGCCAUGACUACAUGAGAAACAUAGUCCACCUGCCGGUAUUCCUCAACAGCACAGGCCUCAGUACAGCCAAGAAGCUCUGCACAGCAGCCCCAACCAACGGAGACGCAUUGCCUGCUGAGGGAUGGCAUGAAGACUUAGACAGGAAGAUGUCUCAGACUAGCUUGGGCCAGGAUCAGGCCAAGUUUGGCAGCAAGAGCGCCCUCAACCGCAGGGACACAUACCGGCGCCGCCAGAUGCAGAGAACCAUCACCAGACAGAUGUCCUUCGACCUGACCAAGCUGCUGGUGACCGAGGACUGGUUCAGUGACAUCAGCCCACAGACCAUGAGGAGGCUGCUGAAUAUCGUUUCUAUUACAGGUCGUCUGUUGCGAGCCAAUCACGUGAUCUUCAACUGGGAUCGUCUGGCAUCGUGGAUCAACCUGACAGAGGAGUGGCCUUACAGGACUUCAUGGAUCAUCCUCUUUUUGGAAGAGACUGACGGAGUGUCUGACCAGGUCACUCUCAAAACCAUCUAUGAGAGACUCUCCAAGAACAUCCCCACCACCAAAGACGUGGAGCCGCUGUUGGAGAUCGACGGAGACAUCCGCAGCUUUGAGGUGUUCCUCUCCUCCAGGACACCCGUCCUCACUGCCAGAGAUGUGGAGAUGUUCCUGCCCUGCACCGUCAACCUGGACCCCAAACUCAGGGAGAUUAUUGCAGAUGUGCGUGCGGCCAGGGAGCAGAUGCACAUGGGAGGAGUGACCUAUCCCACGCUGCCCCUGCAAGAGGCAGUGCCCCGUCCACAGUCAGGUUAUGGCCAACACAGUGUUGCCUGCUCGCCGGCAGGCUCCUUCACCGGAUCCCUGCCUCCUCAGCCCCACAGUGCCUACUUCAGCGGGAUGACUGGCCCACAGCAUCCCUUCUAUAACCGGCCUUAUUUCCCCCAUCAUGUGUAUCACCUGCCAAGGCAUUACUCCCACCAUGCCCCCUCAUCCUUGCGUCCCUCCAUUAAACCACCUGGUCAACUUAAGGACAGCACCAAUGGACUUGGCUCUCCUGCAGUCCUGCUCAGUUCUAUGAACACAGAUGCAGUGUGUGAGCGUCUCAAACAGAUGGAUGGAAUUGACCCCAACAUGCUGUCUCAGUAUACCGCCACCAUCAAGAAGGCGAAUAUAAAUGGACGGGUGUUGUCUCAGUGCAACCUGGACGAGCUGAAGAAAGAGAUGGAGAUGAACUUUGGCGACUGGCAGCUCUUCAGGGGAAUGGUGAUGGAACAACGGCAUUCUGAAAGCCAGGCUCUGCUUCAGGAUGAGUCCCGAGCUGCUAGCGAGCAGGGCAGCAGCAUGCACCACGGGGAGCCCAGCAGACGCUCAGGGGGAGCCCAGCAUGAAGCGGGGGCCUUUAGCCUCAGCCUCAGCUUUGAAGAGCUGUGUGGGGCAGGGACAGAAGAGCCUCCGAGAUUCAACAACCACUCACACUGGCCGGUGACAAAUCAUCGCACCUCAAGCAUGUCCAGCCUCAACUCCCAGGAAUCCUCUAAUGACAUCUGCAAACUGACAGACAAGCAGCAGGCUGAGUAUCGUGAUGCCUACAGGGAGUACAUCGCUCAGAUGGCCCAGGUGGAGAUGUCCGGCAGCGGGGGGGAGAGGCCCGUGCAGCCCCACCCUGGACAAUUCCUCCAGGCUGGCAGCUCAGAGGACAAAGGGGCCAAGGAAGGGUCUGACCAAGACAGCCGCAAGUCAUUCACCAAGAGAGGCUCCAAGACUAGCGAUGCCACAGACUUCCCCUCAGGAGCCGAUGCCCAGCUCCUAGACCCCAUCAGUGAGGAGGAUGAGAAGCUGGACCACAGCUCAUCCUCCAGGACUCCGGGCUCCAGGAAGAAAGAUGCCGGGUCUUGCUAUCACAAGCUGCCCAGCGAUGAAGAUUCAGGCCCGGAAGAAGCUGAUAACACCACACCUCUACUCCCCAAAGAGGCAAGAGCUGGUGCUGCGUCCUCUCAUAGAGCCUCCCAGCCUAGUGGGCUGCUGACCAAGCCUGGCUUCCUCAACGAAAUCCUCCUGGAUAAGAAGGACUCGUCCAACUCAGGGUUGCGCUCCAGUAACAGCUCGUCAGUCCACUCCUUGGAGGAGGCUGAAGGAGACGCCGUAAGAGGGAAAGAAGCACUGAAGCCCAGCCUGAUUGAACUGGAGCUGGAGGGCCUGGUGAAGAAGAGAGGCCUCCUCCCCAGCAGCCUGAACGGUCUGCAGGACACCACAGUGGCCCGCAUGUCCAUCUGCUCCGAGGCUCCGUCCGAGGCCAGCCUGAUGGCCAGCAGCCCCGAUGAGGGGUGGCCGUCCAGCGGGGUCAGCAACCUCAACCGGACCGAGAGCAACACCACCCUCAAUAACAACAGCAACAGCCUGAGCGACAACACCAUCACCAACUCCAACACCAACAACAGCCAUCAACAGCAGGCUCACAUCGCAAGCACAGAGUCCACCACCUCCUCCUCCGGCAUCAUCGACUCGCCAGCUGUCAUCAUCACCCCCGGCAGCAGCAACACUGCCAACACCACGACUGCCACCGUCCAUCACAACCAGAACCUGCGCACCAUCAGCCUGGGAGAUGAGAGGGAGAGUGUCCUCUAAAGAAAGCCAUAUGUGGUCUGUUGCUCGGAGAGGGUUCAUGUAGGAUGUUGUUCUUAAUGUUGUCGGUUGAUGUAAUAAUACUGUUGAUGUUGUGAUGUGUGCCAAAGAAGCAGAUUAUACUUUAUCUGUGUUGGACUGUUAGGAGGAAAAAGUAGGAAGUGUUGCUGUGAAUCAAAAGGUAAAGCGUCCAAAAAGAUUUAGUUACUCGACUAGUAUAAAAAAAAACUGAUGCAUUCAUAAAUACAUUAAAUGCAUACAUUUGCGAUCCAGUUUAUUUGGAUAGUUACUGAUUUCUUUCUCAUGGGAAUGUGGUGCUGUUAUAUGGAAAUGGUGUGUUUUGUGAUGGAAUGUUACAUGUUACAGAAAAAAAAGUGUUGGCUCAGAAAAUGUAGCUACAACUGAAAAAGUUAAGUAAUGUUACCGAAGCCUCUCGUCUCCAAAGCGUUGUGUGCGGUGCCGUGUUUGGUAGUUCAAACAUUUCCACUAGAUGGAAAUAUAGACAGAGGUGCAGUUUGUUGUCGACAGUGUCUGUGAUAGAGGACGUUUUUGCAUGCACUGCUAGUCUCCAAAGUGAUGUUUAUCUUUUCAAAGUGACUUGUGAAGCUAUGUUUUGUGAAUCAAUAAACAUUUUUGGCUAUGUGGACCC